AUCAAAUUAUUGCUUGUUUUAGAUGAGAUGAGCUAGAAUUAAAGCUGACAUUCCUUAAACUCGCGUGGCCAAUUCCGGCCACUCACCUAAAGUUGCUAAUGAUUGUGUCGUGUAUGGAUGGCCUGGGCCAAGCAGUCGUUGUCGAUGAAGAACGCACUUCCUCAUCAGAGCCAGCACGUCUCCAGAACGCCUUGAUGCUUCCAAGUAUAGGCAAGAUUGUUCUUGCUGUUCAGCAUAUCGUGAUGCUCCUCAUACCCCAUGUCAAGGAGUGGAAGAUUUCGUGUCCGAGGCCGUCUUGGAGCAGCACCUACAAGAACCAAGUCGCCAUCCUAUUACCUGAGAUGUCACACGUUUGGCAAUGCCUCGUCGGUUGCGGCAGCAUGCGCACAUCUCCUCGUAAUAUCAUGUCGCCUGUAGUUUCGGCGUCGAUUUGCCACCUAGAGAAACAAUCCAUCACUACUGCAGCGCAUUCGAUACGUCAGAACAGCUCAGUCGACAUGUGCCGAUGCGCAACACGUGUAGUUUGGGCAGAGCGUCUUCCGAUUCCUCAUAUUCAGUGGCCGUGAGCAUCAAUCCAGUUAGAAUCGGAGGCUGUCACUAGAAUCUAGCAGAGUAGUUCCAGCAUUCGAGAAACGUUGACUAAUAACAAUUCUUCCAUUUGUCUAGCAUUGAUUUGCCACUUCCGAGGUAUAUAAGCGAGGGCGGGGAGCAGGAGGAGGGC